AUGUUGGGAGCUUUGAGUCAGCCGAUUCCAAAGGAUUUAGUCGCAGAAAUUCAGACAAUUAAAAAUAAACAAAUAAAAAAAAUCACGGAUCUUGAUAAUCAGGCAAAUGACAUCGAGAAAAAAAUGGACGAACUUUUUAACCAGGCUAAUAAGAUCCGCCUUGCCAAAACGAAGGCCAAAAUCAAUGACACAUUGACGCGUGCAGACAACAUCUUCAAAAAUCAGACAGAGAAUGAGGUGAGGGAGAUUGACAACCAUUGGAAACAAUUUUCGAAUGACACGUCGAAGAUUGUGGAAAAUCAACGAAAAGUAGCGGGAUAUACAAAAAAGAAUUAUUUGGCGCAAAAGAAACUUCUCAAAUUUUUGAAACAGCAAGUUGUUAAAGAAAAUGCUGCGUUAGAGGAGAAAAGGAAACAAAUGAAGAUUGCACGAGAGAAUGAGAUUAAGGAAUUGAAAACGAUCCAAACUGCGCUGAGGAUUGCCAAAAUGAAAGGUAUGGCGGAACGAGCAAAGGCUGAGGAGGAACGACACACAAUGUUGCACAAAGCGGCUGAAGAAGAAAAACUAGCGACUUUAGCUGAGAUAGCAGAGAAAAAGAAAACCGUUAAAAUGUGGAAACGAAAAAUUCAAGAAUUAAUUGCAAGUGAAAAAGAGCACCACCGAGUAUUAGAUGAGAUUGAGCUGGCGAAACGAAACGCUCGAAUAACGCAAACACGGAAAGAGGGGGUACAAAAGCUUCGAGAAAAAGAACAGCAAGCCGCACGAACCUCACAAAUCAAGGCAAUGAUCAGACGAAAAAUGGAGAAGGAAAGACUUCAAAAAUUCAAUUUGGAACUGUUCAAGAGAAGAUGCGAAGCACUCAAAAAGGCAUAUAACAAAAAACCAAAGAAGUUGGUUCAUCUCUGCAUCCCACAAUCGAACAUCAAGUUAAUGGGAAAAAUGAGAAAAUGCCUCCCAAUAUGGAAAGAAGACUUACCCAACCUCAAACAGAAACUCGACACAGCGGAUAAAUACAGAGUCAAAAUCGCUAAGAAAUCGACACAACCCGACCCACAAAUCGAACUGAUCGUCCCCGUUUACUAA